AUGGAUUCAUUGAUCCCGUUCACGACGUCUGGGUCACUCUCGGACUUCGUUGACAAAAAGUUAGUCGUUUUGCUGCGAGAUGGGCGGAAAUUGCUGGGUGUGCUAAGGUCCUAUGAUCAGUUUGCCAAUCUCGUGCUGGAGAGCACGAUCGAACGAGUGAUAUAUGAAAAUUCAUACUCCGAUAUACCGCGUGGCCUUUUCUGCAUUCGAGGGGAGAACGUUGUACUUUGUGGGGAAAUUGAUCUGGAUGCUGAAGACGACUUCCCGCUAGCUUCUGCCGAUACUCAGCUCAUGAUAGAUCUGAAUAGACAACAUAUGGAAGACCGAAAGCGACGGGACAGUAUGAGGGCGUCAUUGUUGUUCGACCAUCUCGGUUUCUGUAAAGAGGGUGGUGAAGGUGAUGGAUAUUAG